AUGUCAAAAAUGAGAGUAGCAGUGGUUGGUGCUGGGAUCUGUGGACUUGUUUCAGCUUAUGCUCUUGCAAAAGCGGGUGUUGAGGUUGUUCUAUACGAGAAAGAGGAGUACUUAGGCGGCCAUGCUAAGACUGUCAGCUUCGAUGGUGUUGAUUUCGACCUCGGCUUCAUGCUUUGGAAUUCAAUAUUCUGCCCCAAAAUUGAUACAGAGUCAAGGACAACGAAGAUUAUUGAUGUCUGCUUAAUGUAA